AUGGAAAGCAUCCAACAAAUCCAUAUUCAGCUGAAGUCGCGGAACGGGGACAUCUUUCUGGUUGAUCCGGCCAUUCUGGAGUACUCGGGCGUGCUACAAGCGAGACUCGACGAGCUUUGGGCGAGCGAGAAGGGCGAUAACGUCAUAAUGGUUCCCGAAGGAGACUCGAAUCUGCUGAAGAUGAUCAUCGAUUGGUUGCGCAGUCGUAAGGAGGACCAGUGCAGCAUCCCACCGUCACCGGAAAUCGCAAUCGCCGACAGUUCAUCAACGAUUGCGGCCAAUCAGGAGCACGAGGAUCUGAACGACGGCCGGAUACCGGGCAUCGGCCAGUGGGAGGCUGACUACUUCAACGGUAACAAGGGGAGCAUCUUCACACUGCUGGCAGUGGCCAAUCGGUUGGAGGUCGCUACACUUCUUAAGGAUGCCGGAUGGGCCCUGCUCAAAUGGUGCCGAAACAAAUCGCUCGAUGAAACGUACGAAACAUUCGGAAUACGCAAUCCUACGGAGAAAACGAAUCGUGGCGGCGAAUCUGCAGGGCCUGGACCGGAAUCAACGGCUAUUCCCGAGAAUGCGGAGGCCGACGAAUGUGACCGAAACACGAUGCCACAACAUGAUGUCGAAAUAGAAAAUAUCGAUGAGACUCCAAAAACCGAUGACGAUACGAUGCCAGCCGGUGCCGAAAAAGCAAAGGACGGCGAAUCUCCGGAAUCCGAUGCCUACGAUGCCGAAAUGAUAAGCCUGCGCCUAAAUCCGAUCGUUUUGAUCAGCUGCUUCAGCUGCCUGUUGCUUCAGGCCGCGCUGGUUGUUGGGGCUGGCCACGACCCACCGCCCAACCGGCCCACCCAGUUGGACGACAUCGAGCGGGACACUCUGAACAGCGAGCGGCAGGUGUUUAAGAAGGAAGCGAUCGCUCAGCAACAACAACAACAACAGCAACACGGUGCCAGCUCGAGCCAAAGCAACAACCACUACUCGCUGCAGAUCCAACACCAUCCGGGCAGCACGGCCGCCGCCCACAGUUCCGUCAAAUACGUGACUCCACUUCCGGCACCAACGCAAAUUACGUACCCAGCGAAAGAUCAUCAUCUUGCACCUCAACACUACUUCCACCAGCAACAGCAGCAGCAGCAGCAGCCGGUCCAGCAGCUACAGUAUCAACCGCAUCAGCUCCAUCAGCAUCAGCAACUUCAUCAUCAACCGGUACCGCAGGUGCAUGAAGAUCACUCAACAUACACGGUCCCAUCGCGCCAAUCGCUACUGCAGCCGGUGAUUGGGGGCAGUGCGCCGACCUCGCCCUACCUUACCCCGCAGCCACAGUACGUGUACGUGCAGGCCAGACCCCAACAGCUGGCGGCGGUUACCAGCCCCGGUCAGGGUUUGCCGCAAUCGUUGCUACACAUUUUGCCACAGAACUCCCAGGCUUAUAUCAUGAUUCCGACUCCGGCGUACUACCACCAGCAGCAGCAGCAGCAGCAACAACAACAGCCUGCACACCUUCCUUCCUCUGGUGCACCGACCCAAGCGCCACACUCGGCCCAACAACUGGCCGCCUAUGCCAACGACCCGGACAACCACAUCGAGACGUACUCUCACGGCGAAACUGGAGCACAGUCACCGUCCGCACCGGUACCUUCUCCGUCGCUUCCGUCGCUUCCUCCACAGGUUCCACAGGCCACCACCCCGACGCCCGACAUCGUCUACGCUCCUUCCGCCUCGACACCGGUUCCACCGCACCGUCACCAGUCCCCAUCGUCGGAGUUCUCCAUCGUGAAGAGCAUCGAGCAGCCGAUCUACUACUCACACGAUCUGCCACCGGCACCGUUGCCUUCGCCUGCGUACAGCAACAAGGACUUUCCGCAGCACUCAUUCGUGGCACCCUACCACCAGCGCCCGACGCAUCUGCAACCGUACCAUCCGCACCAUGAACCGCACGGCCCACAGUACCCGACAUUCGUUCCUGGGAGCUACCCACAGCACCUAGCGCCAGCACCAUCGCCACUGUAUCCCUCACUGAGCCACCCGAACAACGGCAUCCUGAACUACUUCGGAGUGCAGCAACGGCCACCGACCAGUCUGCUCGAUUCCUACGUCCCCAGUGCCCUGCAGGUGCACAAGGGACCACCCGUCUUUGUUCCGAAAGUGCAGCAUCGCCCAGCACCGCCGCCGGUGUCCUUCUACCCGACCGGCUAUCCGUUCCUGACGGGGCCCGCGGCUCCCCAUCAACUCCACCACCAUCAGCCACAUCAUGCGUUCCCGGUGAAUCACCUGCACACCACGGUCCUGCAACCGGCGGCCAGCGCCACAACGCUCGCCGGUCACCACGGGCACCAGGUCCUGCCGGCCUACAACUACAACACGAUCGCCUACUCGGUCCCGUUGGCUUUCACCAAAACCUCCGCCCAGUACAAACGGUCGCCGGCGCUGUUCAGUGUGGCCGGAUUCGUUCCGCGGCUUCCGCUGGCCAUGGCCACCACCAAGCUACAGCCGGCGGCCAAGCUUCCCUGA